AUGCAGCUGCCCAAGGAGAGCAGCUUCCAGGGCGGAAGGGCCCAGAUCUCUGGCACAAACGUGUGCCUCUACGGCUCCCGAAGCAAAGCACUACGGAGCGAGCUCGUGGUCGCCCGGAGCGGGUAUUCCUGCCGGCGUUUACCGCCCGGUCCGGGGACACGCGGCGGCGCGAGCCCGCAGGGACAGGUCCGCUCGCCCCAAGUGGAGGCAGAGCGAAGAUUGGAGGCGGCGCCCGGCCCUCCGGGGACGCGCUGCCCGGGGCUUACGGGCUUUUUCCUGGGGACCGAACCUCCAGGCUGUCACGCCCGGGCCCCCGCCCCCGCGCCGGGCGCGCCUUCCCAGGUCCCCUUGACUUUCAGCGACCCCGAUCCCUGGGGGACGCGCCGCGGCUGGGCAGGGGGGGUGAGGACCCGACCCUCUCGGUCCCCGUCCCGGCCUCCCGGCCCCGCGCCACUUACCCGGCCGGGAUCUUGCAGGAGCGCGGCGCCGCGGGCACUCCGGGCCGAACCGCCCUACCCCUCCCUGCGUCCGGAGAGGCUCCGGGCUGGGCGGGGUCGGGGCGGGACACGGACACUCGCCCCCGCCCCGCCCAGUCCUCUGGGGACCCGGCAAGGGAGCCGCCCCCAGGCCCCGCCAAGGUGGCGGGGCGAGAGAGGGACGCGCCGGGCUCCGCGCGCUCGGCGGAGGCCCCCGAGGCUCGGCCCCAGUCCGGCGGGCGGAAGGAGCGCUGCCGUGGGGGGGUCCCCACUCUCACCCCAGACCCCGCGCCCGGGGCUGCCCUCUCCGGCUCGGGAGCCGCCCCGAGCCCCGCCCCCCGCCUGCCUCCGCCCGGGUCUCAUCCUUGCGGAUGGCGCGGAGCUGCCGCGCCCCGGGGGAAAGUUCGAUCUGCGGACUUCCUCUGUGCGUCCAGCCUUGGGGAGGAGGCUGGGGGCCUGGGAGGUCUUGCCCCCUGGGAGCCGAGAUGGGGGCAAAGGCAGGGGCUCCCCUCCCGGAGGCGCGAAAUCCAAGGAGGAAGUGACACUUAUCAGCCAGCCUGACAGAGAGGGCGCCCCAUCCGGCCCCUCCCACCCCACAGUCCCAGGAGCCACCUUGCGAGGAAUCUUCGCGCCCCAGGCUCGGAAGGGAGACACCCAGGAUGCCGAGGGGAGGCGAUGGGGGCACAUUCAGGCCUUUGGACUGUCCCCCACCUCAGCGCUGAUCUUUGUCCGAGUAAUCACAGGUUUGCACGAUCGGGUCCGCCUCCUUUGGAUGGGGAUGAGAGCCGCUCACGAAGGAUACAACUUGCAGAACUCUGUACCACGUGGACUCCAGUCUUCACAAUUCAGGUGUGGCUACGCCCAUGUUGCAGAUGAAGAGUUAGGUAAAUGUCCCAAAUCUAAUGCUUCCCAGAGGGUGUUUUCCUCUUUGGUUCCUUAGUUUGGCUGGCCAACCCUCUAUCAAUGUUUGUUGAAUAAAU